AGAUUUGUAUAUGGCUGAGUUUCGUCAUUAAUAUUCAAGGAGAGAAGGAGAAUGGCAUCCAAACACUUUGUCCUAGUCCAUGGUGCAUGUCAUGGAGCCUGGUGCUGGUACAAGCUCAAGCCCUUGCUCGAGUCCGCUGGUCACAAAGUAACCGCCAUUGACAUGGCAGCAUCUGGCAUAAACCCAAAGAAAAUUGAGGAAGUGUGGACUUUCGACGAUUAUAAUGCCCCAUUAAUCAAUUUUAUGAAAUCUAUCCCUACCGAUCAAAAGGUAGUGUUAGUCGGUCAUAGCCUAGGAGGUCAAAAUUUGGCUUUUGCCGCCGAUCAAUUCCCCGAGAAGAUCUAUGUUGCUAUCUUCCUCACGGCUUUAAUGCCCGGUUUUAGCCAUAGGCCAUCCUAUGUCAUCGAUCAGUUCAUAGAGAGAACUCCAACUUGGCUAGACACCAAGCUUGAACCCUAUGGUCCACCUAAUGAGAAUCACAUCUCAAUCUUGUUUGGGCCUGACUUUCUGACUGAAAAGCUUUAUCAAUUGUGCUCACCAGAGGAUCGAGCUUUGGCGUUAGCAUUGAUGAGGCCUAGCUCCCUUUUCGUGGUGGACUUAGCCAAGAAGAACUUGUCUAAGGAAGGGUACGGUAUAGUUCCACGGGUCUAUAUUGUUUGUAAUGAAGAUAAAACAAUAACAACUGACUUUCAAAAGUGGAUAAUUGAGAAUAUGGAAGGUGUGAAGCAGGUGAAGGUGAUGGACGGCAUUGACCACAUGCCCAUGUUAUCAGGUCCAAGCGAUCUAUCCAUCCAUUUGCUUGAUAUAGCUGCCGAGUAUGGUUAAAUAUUGCUUGUUUCGGUAAAAUAAAAUAAUGAUUAAAAUAUCAAAUUGUAUUUUCCCCCAAAAGUAAAAAAAAAUAAUGUUCCCAUUAUGCUUGAUAAGGUUCCAAUUCAAUAAAUUGAGUUUAUUUGAAAUCAUUAUACUUAUAUUGGAUUUCUUAUACAUACAUGUUUUGCAUUCUUCUACAGAAAUAAAAGUAUUUUCAAAUGAA